AUGCUUGAUCCAACCGUUCACAGUUCGACGUGUGCUGACAAGUCGCUAAGUGUGCAGAUCGAAGUGAUCAAUAUCAGUGGUGUGGUGUACAAUAUAAUUGUAGAGGAUUAUAAAGAAAUUCUGGAGCAGUCCAUAGAUGGAAGAAUAAUUAUUGCUAAUUAUAAAAAAGAAACAAAACUGAAUAGACAAUUACGUUCAAAGCUUGUUGAUGUGAUUAUUACGCAUUUAAUGUCUCUAUUUUGUAGUGAACAAGGCUGGUUCGCACCGGAAUCUGGAAGGAAGCUCAGCAGCUUAAUCGCUCUUAAAUGGAGGAGAGGAACGCGGACUAGAGAUACGACCUGUCUAUGUGGUUCCCUCGGUGGUGUCUUCUCCGCCCUCGUGGUCCUUGGGAUCCUUCUCUCUUAG